GGGCAGUGUUAGAAACUUGGAUAUAUAAGCUAGGUGCCAAACAGCUCCUUAAACCAAGGUUGUAGUUGCCAAAAUGAAAUGUCUAGUUGCCUGAUGGGCCGACUGUGUUUGAUUCUCCAUUAAACAUCUGGCUAGUUCAGAUUAUAACCUUGAGCUAAGUUAAGAGCUUUGAGAACUGAAAGAGGAAAAUCACUUGAUCCGGGGACAGUCCACAUAUGUAUUGGCCUACCCCGACCUCCUUUUCUUAAUGGUGACAUCUCUUGCUCAGGCUGCGCAGAAGAAGCACAUCAUUCUUAUUGUGCAGAUGAAAUAUACUGUAACUGAUAGCAUUCUAAAGGAAAGGGUCUGAAUGUGUGAAAACAGUCCAGAUUCAAGGAUUCCCCACAUGGUGGAGGUGUCAGGCUCCACCUUGGCGCCCAAGCCAAGCAAGUUUAACUUGUAAAGCUUAACUUGUAAAGGCACCCCUGACCAUUAGGUCCAGUAGUGGACGACUCUGAGGUUGCGGCGCUCAUCUCGCUCCAUAGACCGAGGGAGCCAGCGUUUGUCCGCAGACAGCUUCUGGGUCAUGUAGCGCAUGGAAACGCCGUUUACCUUCCCGCCGGAGCGGUACCUAUUUAUCUACUUGCACUUUGACGUGCUUUCUAACUGCUAGGUGGGCAGGAGCUGGGACCAAACAACGGGAGCUCACCCCAUCACGGGGAUUCGAACUGCCAACCUUCUGAUCGGCAGGCCCUAGGCUCAGUGGUUUAGACCACAACGCCACCUGCGUCCCAGGCAUGGGGCCUGGCCAAUUUCAAACACUGCUAUCUUCCGGUUGCUGUAAGAUUCCAGCUCACAUAAUCCCUGGCCCCGUGCUGACUGCAGCUGACAUGAGUUGUAGCCCAGCAACAGCUGGUGGGCACUCUGUUGGUUCAAGUGCCUGUUGUGGUCUGUUCCUUGGUACCCUCAAACUGCUAUGCCACGACGGCCUGGGGCUGCCGGGAGGCUCUCAACCCAACAGUGGCUGCUGUGCGUUUGAAAGCCCCACCUGGGACUCAGAGGUGGAGGCUGGCUGAGAGGCCUACAAGGUUGUCCAUAGAUGGCAAGACUCCCCAGCGCUGGAAAAUUCAGCCAUGCAAGACUCCCUCCUCUGCCGCUUGCUGGGGCAGCGGAAAAGAAGCAGAUGCCUCUUUGAGAAGGUGCCCUCGCCUGCAAGGAGCUCAAGGGGGCAAUGCAAUGAAUGGAAGCUUCCAGCCAGUGAUGGAAUUGUCUUUGGGAAUCUGGCCCUCUUCCUCCUUCUUCCUCUCCCUCUCUGUUUCUUCUUCCUUCUUUCCUCUCUCCUCUCCUCCCUGCCUUUUGCAGACAUUAAGCUUUGCCUGGGGUUUUUCUAUCUCCAGCAAAUCUCCCCCCCCCCAUUUGAUGCAGCAGCGUAACUCUUUGCCUUUUCAAAUCCUGGAACCGCCCCCCCCCUUUGUGUGCCGCAUGUACACGAAGAGCCGCUCGUUCCCUAGUAAUAAAAAAUUAAUGCCCCCAUAAAUCUUUGAUGCCUGCUCCAGUUUGCGUAGGGGAUGUUUCUGGCUGGCCGCCCUGCCUACAGUUUCCCACCGCUUCCCCUCCAGUCAUAGAUUUGUUAAAUUGCCUCCCUUUGCUGCCACUUCCAGCCGACAGCCAGGCAGCUACCGGUAGGAGGUGGUCUUGGAGCAGAGGCUCCUCUCCAGAGGAAGGCACCUCCGAGAAAGCUGGGGCUUGGCUUCUGGGCCCAGGGCGGGGGCCGCGGAAGGAGGGGGCGAAAGUCUGGCAAGUCUUUGAAUGCAGAAAAUCUCAGGCAGAAAAAAAUACUGGCUCCUCCCGCAAAAAUACUGUGGCUCCUGGGGGGAGCUGAGCGUUCGAAACUCCCAUUGUUCCAGGCACAUUUUGCGACAGGGAAUUUCAUUCGCUCAAGCAGUUUCUGAGCUCGGGGUGCCUUUUUCUGCCUCCCGACUUCCAGCCACUCUCUGAAGACUGGAGAAAGGACCCUCAUAAGAAUAUUAGGGGGAUGGUGAAAGGAAAUAUGGCUUUGUUUUUUGCAGCUUUGUAUUCUUGCUAUUUAAAAAAGCGCGCCUAGACACUCCCAUGCGGCAGCGCCUAUAACCUAGGUUUUGGGUGCUAUUUAGCUCCUAGCUUUCAUAUCUCAGUUUCUAACACUGGAAGGAAGGUGCCACCUUGCAUGGCUCCCAGUUCUUCCUAAUGUUGAAUCCCUUGGAUCGGGUCCUCCCCUUUGGAGCAGCAGAAAACAAGCUUUCUCCAUUUUCCAUGGGACAUUCCUUGAGAUAUUUGAAGAUGGCCAUUGUGUCAUCUCUCCGUCUGUUCCUCAUCAGGCUUGGCUUCCAGGUCCUCCAUCAUCCUGGCCGCCCUCCUCUGCCUACCUUCCAGCCUGUUAAUACCCUUUUGAAUGAGUCAUAGAAUCAUAGAGUUGGAAGAGUCAUUUUACCUCGGAACAGAAACGAAAGCAAAUGAAACCAAACACUUAUAAACACUAAUGGACCUAAAAAGUCGGCAUGCAACAAUGCUGCUGCUGGCAGGGGGUGCUUGCCCCUUGCUGGCAGGAAGGGGCUGAGUCCAGGGACUUCAAGGGCAAAGUGCCACCUGAGCCACCUAGGCGUGGGGAGAUGGCAUCGCACAUGCCAGGGGACUUUGUCUUGGCAGCCAAAGGUGGAAUGUGCUGAGGCAGACACACACACACACACACACACCCUGCCUCCUCAGGAUCCUCGUUUAUUUUUCAUCCCAUUUCUAUGCCGCUUUUGAGCGUCCGAGUGUUUCCCUUGGUAUGAUUUCUUCACCCUGCAAGGCACAUUCUGGGUGCUGCUGCAAACCAACCUUUCGUGGGGUCUGCGGUAGGCCAGGGACUGAGUUGCGGGGUGGAUCUUGGCCCAGCCAGUAGUGGAGAGGGGGAGGCUGGAAGGGGCUGGUGGUGUAGGGGGAAGGAAGCCUGCAGGAUGUGCAGAGGGUGAAGCUGGAGGUGUGAGCUCUGUCUGCUUUUGCAAGACCUUGGGCCCUGCUGUGGGUUCCUGUGCUGCUGCUUCCCUGUGGGCUGCUCAUUUCUGGUGCUGCUUCAGCCGCCCUCUGGGCUUGACCAGCCUCCCACUUGAGGCCUGGCACCGUCACUGGUCAGCCAGCCAGCCAGCGCUGGCCUUUUGUCUGCCUCUCCUCAACCGCAGCCCAGCUCCUGGCUGGCAGCGUGGGAAUCACAGAGCCGAGCCUUUCCUGGCCAUUGGGACUGCCUCUCGCUCGCGAGGCCGGCCAGGAGGCAGCGGCAGCAGCAGGACAAAGCUCCUUCCUGGGCACCUGGCAAGGCCAGUCGGCAUGACCUCUGCGGCCCCUGCAACAACCACUCUCUCUUCCACCUCCUUCCAGGGAGAAGCCUUGCAGGUGCUGAAUCAAUCUUGGACAUUUGUAAUGGAUCGGAUAUGGAAAUGGACUGAAACGUCGCCAAUCCUUCCUCAUCACAGGGAUGGCCCAGAGUGAAACGUUCCCGCGGUUAACGUCACCGGAUUAGCCUGGGGUUUGCUGGAAGAAGCUCUGACGGCCCUCCUCCCCAGCUGCCUCCUCCUGCAAAUGCCGGGGCGCCUUGAGGAUUGCCCGCCAGUGCGAUGGCAGCAGGGGCCGAUCCCCCAGCGGGGAGCCCCGAGGGAGGCUCUCGCGGGCUGGCGUUCCAUGGCGCUGCGCCCCCCAGUCACGGCUGACGUCUGUGUUCCCCAAUGGGGAUGAGUGUCCCCUUUGAACAGGGAGUCGGAGUCCUCGCUUCCCUUGGACUAUGACAUCGUACCGGCCUGUUCACGAGAGCGGCGACGUGGGGGGCCCCGGAUUGAAAGGCGGCGACUAUUACUCCCCGGGGUUCUGGGCCCAGAAUGGCUGUGCCGCGCAGGCGGAGGCGCCCGUUUCCUCGCGGCUGGCAACGGCCACCCCGGCCAUGCCCAAAAUGGGCGUGCGGGCCAGGAUUGCUGACUGGCCCCCAAAGAGAGAAGGGCUGAAAGAUCACACCACUGCCACCAGCAGCACUUCGAGAGACCUGGAGACGCCAACCACGGGCUUCCGGGGCUUCCAGAAUGGGGCCGCCUUCCCCGGGACGUCCCGGGGCUUUCAGCGCCUGGCCCGGCGGCGCUCUAAGGAUGCGGAGUUCCCUGACGGCUGGCCGCGGUCCCCGGCCCGGGGCUUCCUGCCUCUGCGCAAUCGGAGCAGCAGCGAGAUCACACUCAGCGAGUGUGACCCACAGGAGGCGUUUGAGCCCCGGGGGCCUGGCGCCAAGCUGCCCAUUUUCCGGGAGUAUGGGAGCACCUCCUCCAUUGACGUUCAGGGUGUCUCAGAGCAAAGCUUCUAUGAAAUGCUUGAUGAGUUUCGCAGUGGAAAGGCUGCGCGGCGGAAGGAGCAGGCGGGGUCUUUCCGCGCGGCGCGGAACAGCAGCAAAGCCGAGGCCCGGAGCGAGCAGCAGGCGCUCUCCCUCCUGGGCGCGGACGAAUUCCCCCUGCAGCCCAAGGAGAAGUCCCGCAAGAAGGGACCUCGGGGCGAUGCAGGCAGCGGGGACUCCAUCUUCCGGAAGCUGCGGAGUGGCCGGGGGGACCCCGAAUGCGGCAAGGGUGGCCCUCCGGACCCCGAGGAUGCAGGCGGGCGGCCCUGGCUGUGCCAGAAGAGAUUCGCGCACUACGACGUCCAGAGCAUGCUCUUCGAUCUCAAUGAGGUGGUAGCACGGCGGGCCUAUGUGGCGCAAAGGAGGAAUACCGCCACGGGGGCCUCUGCCGCUUCAGCUGUCUCCUCUGCCUCGCGGGCCUGCGGCCCCCCGGAGCCUGUGGCGGCAGCGGCCCCCUUCCUCGGCUCCGAGGACCUGAACUUCAAGGAGCACUUGGGGCACGACCCCGGGGACAGCCUCAGCAACGGGCUCCUGCUCAGCUGCCCGCACUUCCGCAACGAGGUGGGCGGGGAGCGCGAGCGCGACAUCAGCUUCUCACGGGCCUCGCCUGCCUCCCUUGGCUCUCCCGGCGGGGAGGCGGCAGGGGCAGGAGGGGGCGGCCUCACGGAGGUGCCCCCCGCCCCGUGCUGCACCAACGCCAGCAUCUCCGUCCUGGAGGUGCCCAAGGAGCUGCAGCGCAACGUAGCGCGGCUGAAGCACUACAGCAUCGAGCAUGUCGACCUGGGCGCCCGCUACUACCAGGAGCACUUCUGUGGCAAAGAGCAUGCCAACUACUUUGGGGUGGACGAGAAGCUGGGUCCGGUGGCCGUCAGCAUCCGGCGAGAGAAGCUGGAGGACCACCGAGAGCACGGGCCUCAGUACCAGUACAGGAUCAUCUUUCGAACCAGCGAGCUGACCACCCUCCGCGGCUCCAUCCUCGAGGAUGCCACGCCCACCUCCACCAAGCAUGGCACUGUCCGCGGGCUCCCCCUCAAGGACGUGCUGGAACACGUGGUCCCCGAGCUGAACAUCCACUGCCUCCGCCUGGCCUUGAGUGUCCCCAAAGUCACGGAACAGCUGCGGAAGCUGGAUGAGCAAGGGCUCUGCCGCAAGCACAAGGUGGGCGUCUUGUACUGCAAAGCCGACCAGAGCUCCGAGGAGGAGAUGUACAACAACGAAGAGGCCGGGCCUGCCUUUGAGGAGUUCCUGGCGCUGCUGGGGGAGAAGGUGUGCCUCAGGGGCUUCGACAAGUAUGCCGCUCAGCUGGACACCAAAACCGACUCCACGGGCACCCACUCUCUCUACACCACCUACCAGGGCUACGAGAUCAUGUUCCACGUCUCCACGAUGCUUCCUUAUACCCCCAACAAUAGGCAGCAGCUGCUCAGGAAGAGGCACAUUGGGAACGACAUUGUCACCAUCAUCUUCCAGGAGCCGGGGGCUCUGCCCUUUACCCCCCAGAACAUCCGCUCCCAUUUCCAGCAUGUCUUCAUCAUCGUCCGGGCCCAGAAUCCCUGCACAGAGAAUGUUUGCUACAGCGUGGCGGUGACCCGCUCCAAAGACGUCCCUCCCUUUGGGCCAGCCAUCCCCAGCCGAGCCGCCUUCCACAAAUCCGACGUCUUCCGGGACUUCCUGCUGGCCAAGGUGAUCAAUGCCGAGAAUGCGGCCCACAAGUCGGACAAGUUCCACACCAUGGCCACGCGGACGCGACAGGAGUACCUGAAGGACCUGGCAGAGAACUGCGUCACCAGCACGCCCAUCGACUCCACAGGGAAGUUCAACCUGAUCUCACUGGCCUCCAAGAAGAAGGAGAAGACGAAAGCCCGGCCAGGGGCUGAGCAGCACAGUGCCGGGGCCAUUGCGUGGCACUUGCAGGCGCAGGAUUACACCCAGGGGCUGGAGAUCGAGUGCAUCCUGGGCAUCUCCAACGAGUUUGUCGUCCUCUUGGACCUGGGCACCAAGGAGGUGGUCUUCAACUGCUUUUGCGCGGACGUGAUCGGGUGGACUCCGGACACGUUCAGCAUCAAGAUAUUCUACGGGCGCGGCGACCACAUUUUCAUCCGGGCCCUGGAGGGCAACCCGGAGGACAUCAAGGAGAUUGUGCAGCGGCUGAAGGUCAUGACCUCUGGCUGCGAGACGGUGGAGAUGACGCUGCGGAGGAACGGGCUGGGGCAGCUGGGCUUCCACGUGAAGUUUGACGGGACAGUGGCCGAGGUGGAGGACUACGGCUUUGCCUGGCAGGCGGGGCUGCGCCAGGGCAGCCGGCUGGUGGAGAUCUGCAAGGUGGCCGUGGUCACGCUCAGCCACGACCAGAUGAUCGACUGGCUGCGCACCUCUGUGACGGUGAAGGUGGUCAUCGUCCCUCCGCACGAGGAUGGCGUCCCUCGCAGGGGCUGGGCCGAGUCCUUCAAAAUGAGCACCCUGGAGCCCAAGGGGGAGCAGGAGAGCCUGCCGGUGGGCUACCGGCCCCCCUACCGCAGCAACUCCGCCUGGCAGUGGAGCACCUCUGCCACCCAUGGCUCCUCGCAGCCGAGCCACGGCCAGUCCCAGUCCCUGACCAGGAACCCGAAGCAGAGCACCGUGACCCCUUACCGAGAGCCCCAGCCCCUGCAUGGCAAGAGGCCAGUGAGCUUCCCAGAGACGCCCCAGGCGCUCUCUUCCUCCCAGCCUGGAGCAGAGAGGAUCCUGUCCUACCGCCAGCCCUCGGGCAGCUUUUCCAUGCCAGGCUCCUCGGGGGCAGCAGCGGGAGCGGCCUACGCCCGCUACAAGCCAUCUCCGGAAAGUUCCACACACAGGUAUGCAGCCCCACAAGCGCAGCGGCCCUUGAUGCCCUUCGACCCCCUCUGUGCCCACGAGGCAGCCUCCAACGGGGACUCCUGCUCCUCCUCCGGGGGGGUGGCCAGCCAAGAGAGCACCAUGGAGAGGCCCAAGCCUGAGCCUCUUUGGCAUGUGCCGGCACAGCCCAGGGCAUCGGCACCGUCUGGCAGCAAGCGACCGAGCAGGCAGGAGCUGGCGGGCAAGGACUCUCCCAACCGGCACUCCAAGGGCGAGGGCCAGUAUUCCAGCAGCCACUCCAGCAGCAACACCCUCUCCAGCAACGCCUCCAGCAGCCACAGCGAUGAGCGCUGGUUCGACACGCCCGACCCCGCCGAGGCCGACCCGGACCCCCUGGCCAAGGGGGGCUCCAGCGACAGCGGCAUCGACGCCACCAGCGCCAAGUCCUCCUCGCGCAGGGACAAACCCACCACCAAGGUCCCGCCCCCCUUCGGUGGCGCCCUGCACGAGGCAGCGGGCAGCGGCAAGCGCAGGGACGCGUCUCCGGCCGUCGGCCCUGGCGGGCAGAGCUGGGGCUACCAUGGCCCCAAGGCCUUUGGGAUGGGCUCCGGAGGGGCUGCCCGGGGCGGCAGCGGGAACCAGCACUUCAAGCAGCCAAGCAGCGGCAGGGCCACAUACCCUGCCCAGGUGUACAAGGCGCCCCCGGCUGACGCCCCACGGGCCCCCCACAUGCCACAGUCCAGCUCCUUCCAGCUCUCGGCCUCCGUGCCCAAGUCCUUCUUCUCCAAACAGAGCGGCAGGAGCAAGCACCUCCCGGCCGGGUGGAAGAGGGGCGAGGAGACCCCCGCCAGGCCCACGGCCUUUGCGGACCCCAAGAAGCAAGUGGACCUGAACACCAAGAACGUCUUUGGGCAACCGCGGCUGAGGGCCUCCCUGCGCGACCUCCGCUCCCCACGCAAGACCUACAAGUCCACCAUUGAGGACGACCUGAAGAAGUUGAUCAUCAUGGACGGCGGCUGCGCCGAGCAGGAGAGGGAUUUGUCCCCCCAGAAGACCCUGCAGAGGACGCUGUCGGACGAGAGCCUGUGCAGCGGGAGGCGGGACCCCAGCUAUGCCAGCGCCUACGGCUUUGAGCAGCCCCUGCCGGGGGACGUGCUCUUCACCACCACCUUCAGCACCCUCCCCGUGCGGAAGCAGCACCCCACCCCCAGCAACGGGGGCCUGUCGGAGAGGAAGGGUGCCAUUUCGGCCUCUGAGCUCUCCUUGACGGACGUGCGGGAGAAGCCUCUGCGGCGCAUUGACCCGGGCCUGAUGCCCCUUCCGGACACGGCCGCCGGCCUGGAGUGGUCCAGCUUGGUCAACGCAGCCAAGGCCUAUGAAGUGCAAAGAGCCGUCUCCCUCUUCUCCCUGCAUGACGCCACGCUGAGCCCGGACGUGCCCUCGGCCCACAGCCCUGUCCUGGGGCACCUGAGCCUGGAGAGGCAGCUGACGCCCCGCACGACACCCACCAUGAGCGAGGAGCCCUCUGUGGACCUGACGGGCAAAGUCUACCAGCUGGAGGCCAUGUUGAAGCAGCUCCACAGCGACUUGCAGAAAGAGAAACAGGACAAGGUGGUCCUGCAGGCGGAAGUGGCCAACUUGCGCCACAACAACCAGCGCCUACAGGAGGAGUCCCAGACAGCCAACGAGCAGCUGCGAAAGUUCGCCGAGAUCUUCUCCAGCGCCGUGGAGAAGAAGGAGCUGUGAGCAGCCGGAGAAGGGGGCUGCUUGGAGGAGAGAGAUGGGGGGGCCUGCUGGCAGUGGCUCCUCUGGUGCGGGGCCCCAACAACGCCCUAGCCAGCCUCCCUCCUCCUUCCUUAGGGAGCAGAGCCCCCUCUCCUCCCACCCUCCUGCGUGCCCGCUUGCCAGGCGUGGCGCUCGGGGGCCCAGGGCACCUCUUGCCACAGUGUAUGUACUCUCAGGUGCUUCCUAGGGAAGAGAACUGUGAUAUGGGCACCUGGCCUCGCCCACCCCGAGCAGGGAAGAAGGGGGCUGAGGGGGCCACCGCUGCCCAUCCUGGCUUGCCACCAGGGGGCGCCUUGGCGCUCGACAGACUCGGGGUGUUGGCGGAGGGGGCCCCCCCUCGAGCGGGACCACCGAGAAUCUCAAAAGAGCACUUUCUCACGACUAAAUUAUUUUCUAGAGAACGCAAGGAUGGGAGUGGCUCAGGAAGUUUAAAAAAAGUUUUAAAAAAGAAGUUUAAAUGUAUAUGUUCUUUAUAAAACACUAUAUUUGUAUAAAUGGUACUGUUUGUAAUUCCACCCACCCACCCUCUGGAGAUCUCUGUGCAUGCCUCAGAACUCGGCGUGCGCGCACACACACACA